CUCGGCGUCCAACGCCCGCGAGAGAGCAGGACAGCGCGAACAGGAAGGCCGGUGUGCGCAUGCGGUUGCUGCUCUGCCGCUGAGCGAAGGAAGACGACGACCUCAGGCGACUGAGUGACCUGCGCGGCCCGCUCGCUCAGUCAAGGCCAUGGCUGCGCUCAAGGGGGCGCUGCUGCUGGCUGUGCUAGCGUGCCUGGGCUCCGCCAAGCCACCGCCGGGCUACAUCAAGAAGCCUGAAGCUGACGAGCACCCGCCCAAGUACGAGUUCGGGUACGACGUGCGCGACGGCAAGGGCAACCGCCAGGGCCACCUGGAGACGAGGGAGGGCGAGCUGGCGCGCGGCAUGUACUACGUGAACCUGCCGGGCGGCGCCGAGCAGCAGGUGCACUACCUGGCGGACGACUGGGGCUACCACCCGCUCGUGCAGUACAGCACCUCGGGCCCGCACGGCGUCAGUGCGUCGCAGUUCGCCCUGGGCGAGAAGGCCGUCGCCGCGCUGCGCGGCGCAACGUCGAAGGGCCUGAUCACCCCCAUCGACGUGAUGGGCAAGUCAUUGAAGUCGUCGGACGCGGCCGCUAACGCCGUCGUCACCGUCUUCGGCAACAAGGGGUCUGGCUCCGCGCCCCAGGCGCUGGCGCUGGUGGCGGAGGCCGGAGAUGCCUCGCAGGCCCAGGCCCAAGCACAGGUCCAAGCACAGGUCCAAGCACAGGCCCAGGAACAGGCUCAGGCCCAGGCCCAGGCGCAUGCGCAGGCGCAAGCCCAGGCCCAGGCGGCGGAACAGGCUGCUGAAGCGAUCGCAGGCGGCUACCAACAGGCGGCGUCCAAAACGUUCCAGACGACAGUCGUGCAGCCGGUGUCCAACUUGCUAGUGCAGUUGCCGCAGGUCACAUACCAGACAUCAUUCGAUGCAAGCGGGUCCGCUAUCACGUACACCCAAGGUCCACAGCCCCAAACCUCCACUUCGCCGGCGCACAUCCACAGCUCGCAGUCGGGCCACUACCACUUUGUGUCCACCAACGGGGGAGUGCCUGUGGCGCAGCAGGUGCUGGUCGUCAAAGAGCAAGAUUUGAACGCGGCUUCCGAGAACGCCUACGCUCAGAACGACGUCAUCGAGACUUCGACGGCGGCUCCUGUGGCUCCGGCCGCUCCACUGCCUCAAGUGGUACCUGUGGUUCCUGUGGUUCCUGUGGCUCAGACAGCUCCUGCCGCCCCACCCUCAGCAAUAGGCCAAAACGUGCAGGUCUCGUACUCGGAGUCGUCCUCUUCGUCGAGUUCGUACAAUCAAGUCAGCGGGUACGUUUCUUCCACUCCUGCACCGGCCAUAGUCCAGGAACAGAACUACAAUGGAGAUGCGCCGGUUGCGUUGAAUCUAAUUGCGCAACCACCGGUGGUUCAAAAUAACUACGAAGAAGCGGAGAGCAACCAUGCUGAAGCACAGACAAACUAUGACGAAUCACAAACCAAUUACGCCGAAGCACAGAACAACUACGCUGAGGCUCAGAAUAACUACGCGCAGGCUCAGAAGAACUACGCCGAGGCUCAGAACAACUACGCCGAAGCACAGCGAAAUUAUGCGGAAGCACAAAAUAAUUAUGGAAACACAGAGAAAAACGGGGUACUCCACUUAAAGUACGCAUCUAAGAAUAAUAACAACCAAGGGGUUGUACUUACUGAAAGCGGCCAUGCCUCACCGUCAACAGCAACUCAUACAAUAAAACAAGCGGUAACGGUCCGCGUGAAUCCUACAGUGUCUACUCCUAUCGUAACUCAGCAAGUAUCGUACGUGACGGCGACAGGUGGUGGCAGUGAUGCUUACGGCAACACGGCUCCUUCAGGAGCGGGCUACACGGUGUCCGCAAAAGACAACAGUCAAACGUCCAACCAAGUCCAGGAGGAUCAUUUCGUUCAAAUUAGUUCAUACGGAGGGGAAACAAACGCUGCAGCUGAGUUUGGAGCCAAACUGAAGCCCUCUUUCCGAGUUAAAGUUACUUCUACUGCGUCUCCCGUAGCUGUUGCCAGCUCCGUGCAGAAAGAGUACGUGCGUUAUAAUGAGGUUCAGAAUGUGGAGAAGUAUGAAAGUCGUGUAGUGACACAAACACCGUUGCCGCGCUCUUCGUUCCGGCCAAUAGUGGUAGCCGAGCUGGAAACGAGCGAGGAAGUGUCUGUGGUGACGCCGAGCCCCUCUGUGUCCUCCGAUGCCUCUAACCCGGCGGUGGUGUACUCCGGGGCAUCGUACUCUCAAACCAGCAACGCUGCCGUCUCCGUUUCCAAGACUCACGUUGACGGUGGAAGCGAGUCAUCUUACGUAACAACAGUUCGACCCGUUGUCGUGACGCCGGAGCCCGCCUACGCCACAACCCCCGCCGUCACUUCCACCCCGUUCGAAUACACUACGCAGACCCCGGAGGUGGAAAAAGAGGUUCUCAUCACUCCCAGACCCGACCCUCUCCCAGCCGCCUCUGCGCUCGUGUUGUCCGGCGACUCGGGCAAUAAAAUAUCCGCCACUCUUCCACGCGUUAACUCGCCGAACUCCCGAAGGCAGUUCAAGAACAAGGGGCUCAGAACGAACAAGGUGUCUCUCACCCCCGCCCCUCCUACUGCCCUGCCGCCUACAGCCUCCGGCGCCCACGCGGUCGAGAACCCGGUAGGAGAGCGCACGAGAACCAUCGUCGAGAUUCAGAAGGCCAUUCCUUACGAGUUGCCGGUGGAGAACGGGUUCUCUCAGGCCCAAGUGUCCAAGCAGACGCCGGUCUUUGUUCCAGCGCAGGUUCCCGCGGAGCCAGUUCAGGCGAGUGACUCAGGAGCAGGAAGCCAACUCUUCAUUACCGAAUCUCAACAGCCCUCUCAGGAUGCCGCGCAACAAGCCAGCGGGAACCAGCAACGCGGGCCUUCUCAACUUGGAGGAUCGCAGCUGCUGCUUGCCACCCUUCUCGAAGACCAUCGGUCAAGCGGUCAAGCACCGACGUUUGUGAAACCGCAACUGGUUCAGUUCCGGCCGCAGUCUGACACUUUGAACCCAGAGUUCCUGAACCAGAUUCAAAUCGCGAACGCGCAAUCACUUCUUCAAGCGAUUCAGUACGAGACCCUGCGCUCAAAUGUUAAUACAAAGCCUAAAGAACACCCCGCUGCCUCAACGCCUCAGCAAGAAACAAAUUCUCCUAUAGCUCUACCGCUAGUUAGCCAAGCUCCAAGCGAGCAACAAACUCUAACGUACGUAAAUCACAAACCUGCUCAAGCGUCCUCAACAACAAAGCAAACGUAUGAAACGGAAUUGACAGAAAACGAUGAUGACUCCACCAUCUUCGAGAUUGCGAAGAAAAUCAAAGCUGAACAGCAAGCGUCGACAGUGCAGGCACAAGCACCCAUUUUAGAUAGUAAGAAAUCAAAAAUCCAGAGCUUAUUGGAGUUAGAAACGCAGAGAGAGCCUCGAAAGAAAGUGCCGCAGUUCCAAAUAGCAUUGGCCGAAGCGGAUAAAGAUGCGUUCUCCAAAGACCAAAUCGAAAGCAUCCAGAGAGACCUACAGUCGAACUACCAAAAGUACCUGGCUCAAAUCAACCAACAGGUAGCGCAAAGCCAACAGUAUUUCAACUACCUCGCGCAACAACCGUUCAACAUUAACUUCAACGCCGCAUCGCAACAGCCUCAAGUGUUGGGCCUGCAGGAACCCAUAUUCCAGGCGGAACAACACCAACCACAGGCUCAGCCGCAGGCGCAAGUGCAGUCGCAGUCUCAAGCGCACGCGCAAGUUCACGUGCAAGCAGACAUCCCUCAGCAGCAGCCGCAGGAGCAGCUGCACCGGAUUCCGCAGAGCUUCCUGCAGCAGCUGCUGGAGGCCGAGUCGCAGUCCGUGGGCCACGCGGCGGUGCAGCAGCUCAACGCAGAGUCUUCCAAAGAGGAGGCGCCGCAGGACGAGAUGAAGGCUGCUGGCUCUCUGCUGGGGGUGCCUAAGGUGGUGGCGCUGGAGAAGCCAUCGGCGGCGGCGGCAGCUCCGGACAAGGGGCAGUACGCGGCGCUGGAGCAGCCAGUGCGCGUGCAGGUGCCGGUGCCGGUGGCGGUGCCGGUGCCGGUCGAACGAACCAAGUACGUGGAGGUGGAGAAGCCCGUGGAGGCGCACGGCCAGGCGCAGCUCCCGCCGCCUCCGCCGCCCCCGGCGCUGGCCUACAACUUCCCGCACAAGGACAACCUGCACCGCGCGCUGCUCAAGCAGCACGGCGACUCCGCGCCCUACGGGAUCGGCAGGUCACCUAUCUAUCGAAUAACACAAAGUUAUAUUUUAAAAGAAGAAAUUUUUGUAAGUACUCAGAUUUGUUGUUUUAACCCGACAUUUAAAAAAAAUGAACAAUUAAAGCCACCUAAAAAAUUG